CGUAUACCGCAUACUGUCCUCUCCGCCCCUCUUCUUCUGCAACUCAUCAGUAAUCUAAAAGUUUCUAGUGCCUAGUUAGUGCCUUACUUAUCCGUAGAGAGAAACUUGUCAAUAAUGGCCUUUUAUCCUCAAGAGCCGUUUUACAACCCGAUGAUCCCUUUUAAUGGGUCAAUUCAUGGACGUCUACAGGAAGGUAAAAGUAUCAUUAUAUCUGGUCGGGUCCUUCCAGGGGCAAACAGAUUCCACGUGAAUCUACAGUGCGGGUCGGCAGCAGGGGCAGAUGUCGCCCUUCACUUCAACCCGCGGUACGAUGCCCACCCUGGGUAUGUGGUGACCAAUACCUUCCAGAACUCCAGGUGGGGCCAAGAAGAGAGAAAGCAUCCAACUCCCUUUCAGCAAGGAUCAGUCUUCAACCUAAUGAUACUAGUUGGUCGGGACUCAUACAAGAUUGCCAUUAAUGGUAGCCACUUCAUGGAGUUCAGACAUCGCAUCUCUUUCUCUGCUGUGGAUACGAUCCGUGUGGAGGGAAUGGUGGAGAUCAGUUCCAUAGCUUUCCAGAACCCUCAGCCCUGCAUCCCCCAGCCUGGAUACCCUCCACAGUGUGCUUUCCCACCGCAUGGAUAUCCUACACCGUGUCCAGUUCCUGGUGUCCCACCUGUAUAUCCUUGUCCUGUUCCUGGUGUCCCACCUGGAUAUCCUGUUCCAUCUCCAUAUCCACCACCAGUAGUUUAUACAGUGCCAUACAAAAGCGUCAUAAAUGGUGGACUCUACCCCGGAAGGACCAUAACAAUCCAAGGUGUGAUCAACGGCGGUGCCAAAAGAAUAGCUGUGAACCUGCGCCACAGGGGUGGUAUAGCACUGCACUACAACCCGCGCUUUGACGAGAAUGUAGUGGUGCGCAACAGCCAAGUGCACCAGAAGUGGGGCAGCGAGGAGCGAGCAGGUGGAAUGCCCUUCCGCCGUGGCCAGCAGUUCACGCUGACUAUUGUCUGCAGUCCUCAAAGUUACAAUGUGAUGGUGAAUGGGAAUCAAGUGCACUCCUUCAGGCAUCGCCACAGCACCCUUCAGGAGAUCAACACAUUGGAGGUUGAUGGAGACUUGACUCUCAACUCUGUCACAGUUUAGACAGAAAAAUUACCAAAACCAUUCAGCACAAGACAUCAUAAUUGUAUGUUCUUUAUUGUUGAUGUCUAACCCUAACCCUAACCCCCCCCCCCCCCCCCCCCAUAUACACAAUAGGCGAAGGAAUGGACAAUUUCACUGCCUUCUUUACAUUAGUAAUCAUAAUGCAUGUGACAAAUAAACAUCCUUGUAUCCUUGUAUCCUUGAACGUAAGAGCCAAA